ACAUACCACUGACACAUAAAGCUUCAGUCGUUGAACACCGUUGGCUAACAUAACGUCUAGACUAACCUUAUUCCCUAAAAUUAACUGAAAAGUACAUUUUAGUAUAAAAAAAUGGCGAAUCUUCCUCGUUCUUUUGCUUCAGUUGUUGUGGUUAUUAUGGCAAUUCACAUAAGCGCAAAUACAGUGUCAAUGAGUGUUGAUGGCGAAUUAUUGGUCGAUUCAAGAAGCAUGUUCAAAUAUCAAAUGCCGGAUGCCUGCAUAGGACAAUCGUAUUGUUUUGAGAAAGGUGAUAAUUAUCCUGAUGAUGUAAUUCAGAAAUUGGAUUUGAACUUUGAAAGCCAGAACCGUAUCGGUACACGCAAAGGAAGUGAGAUUGACGAACCGGAUUGUCCGUCAAAAUCAAAUGAUGGUCCCAUCUACUACAUUGUGGAUGAAAACGACGCCGUCAGGGUUGUAGUGCAGAUACCUGACAAGUUCCCACAGAGGUACAACGUCAGGUGGUGCGUCAAUGAAGGAAAGGUCACAAACGACACGCGACACUUCAUGGCAUCAAGAACUUUCGACAAGUUUGAUGUUGAAUGCGUAAGCGUCAAGUCAAAGUUCAACUUUGUUGUGUUAAAUCAAGAAGAGAAUAAAAUAGAGGUCGCUACAGCUAACAUCCCAGUAUGUUGCAAAUGCCGCUAUGACCUUAAAUCACGCAAUUAAAAUGAUGUACCUAAAUUAAAAACAUAUGUAUGUAACUAUAUAAACUGAUUUUGUGAAGUAGCUUUUGCAUUUUGAUAGUUCUUUGCCUCACAACUUUUACUUGGGUAAUUCAAAAUGCAACUGUUGCUUCAAUAAUUAUGUAAGAACUGUGAUUUAUGCACAUUUCUAAAGAAAUAAAUUUAUUUCAUUUUUAAUAGACUUCAUUUGAUAUCUUUUGUUGAACUACUUGCUAGAGAGAAUAUAUUCUAAGAUAGAAUAAACAAGUUGAGCAAACUAAAUGUAGCAGGUGACAUGAAUAGGAAACAUUAUUUUAUCAGGGAAUUCAAAAGUGAAAAGUCAUUAUUUCGCUAAAGCCAUUAUAGGUAAAUCAUGAUGAUAAUGAAAAAUUUCUCCUGCAUGUUAUAAUCACAAUUGCAAUACGUUUCAUCGCUACCUAACUGUUGCUUCAACAUAAAUACAAGGCGCUCAAAUUAAUUAUGACUUAUAGCAAACUAUGACUAUAUUAAAUGAAUUACUACAAUGAAUUUACUUCAAAGUGGGUAAUAAAAAAUUACCACGAAGGGACUGUUAGCUCUACAUUCCAAAACUAAUGAUUUUCGAAAAGAAAUGAUAAUACCUACAUUUGUGCUAAGGUUUACCGGACCUUCCGAUAUAAUUGUGUAAAUAAAUUAAUAACGCCUUGGUAAUUACUGCAAUUAUUAAAAAAAUCACGAAGUAGAUGUAGUCGUUACAAAGGUUGAGAGUAAGAGGGGGUUAACCUGUUUUGAAAAAUGUGACAUUUUUGACACUUAAGCUACAUAACAAAACGAUAUUCUUAAUACAUUAGAUGCACAUAUCUUACCUAAAUUGUAGGUUGUCUAGUAAGAAAUUGUAGUCAAUUAUUACUAGACAAUAAUUAUUUCAGAAUUCACCUAACCUAACCUAAUGUAAUUAUCGUCAUGGAGGUUCUACAGGAUGGUUGGCGCAUAGACCCACAAUUUUUUUAGGGAGUUCGAUACCCAGAAACCCUUCGUCUCAAGUGUCACGGUUGAUUUAAUGUGUUUAUUAUUUUUUUACUCAAAGUAACUUAUUUGAUUGUGUAUCUAAAACAAAUUAUGUUGUAAUUCUCCAAAGUCUGUUAAAUCUUAUUCCAUCUUACUACAAAUGUUGCAUACUUCUAGAAAUGAUUUCAAUAAAAUUCCUUACAAGUU